UUAAUCUAUUAUUUACGAAACUGCAGGAUAAAUUUGACUUGGAUUUGAGUGUUCCGCACAUUUCCUAUGCUGUCGAUGACAUGAUCAAGGAGCGGUUCAAGGAGUACCACUCCGUAUUACACAAGUGGUACAAGCGGUGCAUGAGCCACGAGGAGGCCGCACUGUCCGCACCGCCGCACGUGACCGAUGACGACUGGCGGAUACUCUGCGAUAGAUUUUCGUCUGAUUCUUUUUAGAAGAGGAGCAAAAUAAAUUCUGACAACAGGGGAAAGUUAGAAGUGAACCACGUAGCUGGUUCAAAGUCAUUUACAGAAAUUCGUCACAACAUGUGAGAUUCCGUCACUGGCCAGGAGCCCGGACCGGUAGACCUCUACAGAGGGACUCAUUGUCGACAGGCGACGGGAUCUUGGGUACAUCCUAGAGCCGGUGAGAUUUGGGCGGCGAUGGACACCCUACGCAAUCUGUCUACUCCCGAUGGUACUCAGCGGAGUGAGCCAGAGAUCCUGAGUGAGGUGCUUGACACCUGUUCUGGAUAUGUGCGUGGGCUUGGCCAUGGUGCCAAGCUCAUGGCACCCGCUAGAGCUGCCUCCACCCGAUCCAUCGUCGUUGGCGAGAGUGCCACCCGCCGAGCUGAUAUCGCAGAGAAAAAGGUUCAACAGCUACAGGUCGUCGUCUAUGACAUCAGAGAGCAGCUGGAGAAGAAGAGUGAGCAAUUGGAUAGGCAGAUGGAGGAGCAGGAGAGGAGGAUGGAGGAUCUGACGAGGCAAAGGGAGGAGCAGGAGAGGAGGAUGGAGGAUCUGACGAGGCAGAGGGAGGAGCAGGAGAGGAGGAGGAUGGAGGAGCAGGCGAGGGAGAGAGAGGAGUAGGAGAGGAGGAUGGAGGAGAUGCGGGUGGAGCAUGAGCGACGGAUGACAGAGAUGUUUCAGGCUCUCACUACAUGCUUACCCACUGAUACUCCACCACCUCCGCCUUCAUCUUUGUGAUUUUUUGUAUUUUAUU